CUGAGAGCAGCCCCGAAGGGGGAUGCUCAGUGGUCCCUCCCUCCAAUGCCCUCUGGUCUCCCUUGCCCUGCUCUUGACCGCCGGGGCGCGCGCCGCGUUGCCACGGAAACGUCGGGCAGGCGCGGCGGCGCGCACAGCGCGCUCUCGCCUCCCGGUCAAAGUGGCGACGGCUCCCUUUCCCGCGCGCCCUGGCGCCCCGGAGCCGCGCUCGUUGGGCUCCCACCCCGGGUCCUCGGAGGGGCGCAAGGCAAGAUGUUGAGACGCAACCUGGAAGACCGAGAUGCUCAGACCAAACAGCUGCAGGAUGCUGUCACAAACGUGGAGAAGCAUUUUGGAGAGCUUUGCCAAAUCUUUGCUGCUUAUGUACGGAAAACUGCCAGGCUGCGAGACAAAGCCGACCUGCUGGUGAAUGAAAUCAACCUGUAUGCCUCUACCGAGACCCCCAAUUUAAAGCAGGGUCUGAAAAACUUUGCCGAUGAGUUUGCCAAACUUCAAGAUUACCGCCAAGCCGAGGUUGAAAGGCUUGAAGCCAAAGUAGUUGAACCUUUGAAAGCUUAUGGAACAAUUGUAAAAAUGAAACGGGAUGAUCUCAAAGCAACAUUAACAGCCAGGAAUCGAGAAGCCAAGCAGUUAUCUCAGUUAGAAAGGACGCGCCAGCGAAACCCAUCCGACCGACAUGUAAUUUCGCAGGUGGGCAAUAAAAUGGCGGAAACCGAAUUACAGAGAGCCACAAUUGAUGCUACCCGAACAAGUCGACAUUUGGAGGAAACUAUUGACAAUUUUGAAAAGCAGAAAAUAAAGGACAUAAAGAACAUAUUUUCAGAGUUUAUCACAAUUGAAAUGUUAUUUCAUGGCAAAGCUUUAGAGGUCUUCACUGCUGCGUACCAAAACAUACAGAAGAUCGACGAGGAAGAGGAUCUGGAGGUUUUCCGAAAUUCUCUGUAUCUACCAGAUUAUCCAUCUCGUUUAGAUAUUGUAAGAGCAAAUUCAAAGUCACCUCUUCAGAGAUCAGUAUCAACUAAGUGCGCAUCUGGAACUGGACAGAUAACCACCUGUCGAACGAGAAAGGACCAACAAGUCGAAGAUGAAGAUGACGAAGAGUUAGAUGUGACAGAAGAUGAAAACUAAUCUUAGAAACUCACAUUUCUGUUUCAUGUUAAGUGGCGGAAUCUGGGAUCACAUCACACUCACUGACAGGUUAAACUUCAAAUGAAAUACUGCUAUGAAAUGGGGGGCGGGAUUAAAGAAAAUUAUGCUCACAAAAAUGAUGUUUCUUUAAUGUUACAUAUCAGUCUUUAUUUUUUGAAGGGGGGUGUUUUGUUUUUCAGAACAGUUUCUCUGUGUAUCCCAGCUACCUGGAACUCACAGAGCUCUGCCUGCCUCUGCCACCUGAGUGCUGGGAUUAAAGGUGUGCGCCACCACCGCCCAGCUCAUACCAGUCUUUCAACAUGCCAUCUAUAGUAGCGUAUCUUUCUGUAUAUGUACUAUUAACACUGGACUAUGUAUUUCACGGAUUUCAGAUGUACUGCAGUUUAUGUAACCUAUUGAAGAUGCGAAAGGGAGGCAGGUGGCAGAGGUUGGAUAGUUUCUUUUAGGUUCAAACUUGGUUUGAAAUAGCAAGAGGUCAGUUAAUAACUGUAUGCCAUAAUGCCUUAAGUAAAAAGAUUGUUUCUUUUAAUUACAA